AUGCAACUUCCGUUGGACCCUGGUCUGGUCAAAGGCUUUCUCGAUCCUGAUGAAGGCGCCCGUCUGUUUGAUCUGGCUUGUGAAGUUUCCCCUUUAGGUCCUUGUUUAGAGGUGGGCAGCUAUUGUGGUAAAUCGACUCUGUAUCUGGGUUCCGCAUGCCAAUCUGUAUCGGGUUUGCUGUUUGCACUGGAUCAUCAUCGCGGUUCUGAAGAACACCAGCGUGGCGAGGAGUAUCACGAUCCCGAGCUAUAUGAUGAAGUUCUGGGUCGCAUGGACACCCUGCCAGCUUUGCGACGAACCCUGUCCUAUAGCCAGCUGGAGAGCUGCGUUAUACCGCUUGUUGGUAGUAGCGCUUUGGUUGGACGAUUCUGGCAGACACCCCUGGCGAUGGUGUUUAUUGAUGGAGGACAUUCACUGGAAUCUGCCCUCAUAGACUAUCGCACCUGGUCUACUCAUAUUGUCAGCGGCGGUAUUCUGGCGAUCCACGAUAUUUUUCCUGAUCCGGCCCUGGGCGGCCAGGCGCCUUACACUAUCUAUAAUCUGGCUUUAGCCUCUGGCCUGUUUGAAGCGUUGCCAGGCACCAAAACACUGGGUGUAUUAAGGCGGAUCUAA